AUGAUACUCGACCGCAAAACCUCACGCACUUCUGGCCUGCCUCGCUUCAAGCCUUCAACCCAGAACCUCAAGCAGCAUUCAUCCGGCCUUCUCUCCCCCACCCAACCUGACCACCACGACUCCUCUCCCACCAAGCAGCUUGACCACGAUUCCCCUUAUCUAGCCUACAGUCUACCACCCAUCAGCUCACUGUCGGCUUUCAAGCAUUGGUUCGACAACACCAACCCCUCUCCACCCUCUCAGGCUGCUCCUGCUGUACCUCAGCCUGCUUCAUCUGCUCCAACUAGAGCACUCUUUUCCUCCGUCCCCAAUUCAUCAAAGUCUCCCCUCAAAGCAACUUUCAAGCCCACUGACACCCCGCUGGCUGCCCCACAAGCCAAGUCAGAAAAUCAGCCACCCUCAAGCCCACCUACCACCACAUCCUCAUCAUCAAAGACUUUUAUCAAACCCUUGAGCAAUUCCCUUCGCAAGAGGACCUCCUCGAAUAUAUUCAACCGGCGUCUUUCGAGCACCAGUCUACUCAAGUCCAAGAACAUGAAUCCUGAUACUGACAAGUCUGGUCAGCAUCGCAAUUCAACCCACUAUGACCCCAAUAGUCCUGGGACGACUACCAAACCCGCCAACAUUGAGAAGAGCAGCCCACCAUCUGGCAGAGAUAAAAAUAUCCCCUCCACUCCAAAAUCACCCACUCUCAACAACAAAUCAGUUCUCAGUCCGAAGCGCAAAUUGCUCAGCCCGAAAAAGCAAACCCCUAACUCAGAUACCAAACUUAAAACCCCGAAGAGCAUCACGGGCGCUCGCACCGGGGCACCCAAGAACUUGCUGAGUCUAGGGAUCCAAUAUAACCCUGCCAUCAGAUCGGUCACCGAGCCUAUCUAUCUCUCUCCGCCCACCCCAACUGCUCGCCGGGGUCCAUCUCUUCUCAAGCCCGGCCCACGAGGCUCCUCUCUCCACCCAUAUUCGCGGGAUACAGACAGCCUUCCCUCCUCAAUGUCCCGGCCCAAGAAGCCAGUGGAUCAUUUCAGCCCUUCGAGGCUUACCAGCAGGGUCUCCACUUUGACCCUUGCCUCGACAUGCACAACAGGCUCUGAUGACGAUGAGCUCAUGUUCUCAGAUCUGGCGUCUAUCCAACUGCCGUCGACUCCCACCGAUAGUCUUCGUCCUUCAUUCAGAUCUGUCGACCUGCUCUCCGAUUUCCCAUUACCACCCUCACGCGAUGCAUUCUUGUCACCCUCCCUCGAUGCAGCACCACUCUCCCGCGCCUCGCACUCCGAACCCAUUCAAUUAAACUUGCCUCGGAGAUUGAAUUAUAGUCCAUCACUACCGCCGCAGAUACCUUUACCCCCAUUGCCUUUGGCCAAAGGGUUCGAGUUACCCACUCCUCUGCGCAACUGGUCUCCCCUAUCAUAUCCUAACAGGACUCCCACUCAGCCCCCGACAGAAGCCAUGGCCGGGAGCCUCACAGCCACUAAUCCGCCUUACCCUCUCGAUUCUCCUGAUAUAUCUAACGCCUCGUACAACAUCGAUGACCUGUUAGAUCUGUAUGGCAAUCAGAAAUCUCCGCUGACCCCGCUGGGGUUCCAGCGGCUUCACCGGCCCGUGCUUCUGGCAGUCGACUCGAAAGCUUCAAGCUCUUCCAGUAUGAUCAAAGAAGCCAAAUCAACGGAUAGCAACCUUCUUGAUGCGGAUCUACCCAGUCGCACAAGUAGUCCUGAUAAUCUGAGCUUGGACGAACCUGAGAAGGAUGAUGGGGGAAUUCUCAGUGACGAUCCGUUCUCUCGCACCAGACCUCGCCGCUCGGAAUCCAUGUCAGUGGGAGAUGAAACUUCAAGCGAAAUCGAUCUCAAUGAGCCCUUGGACAUGAUGGCCGUCCGGCUCGGUUAUCAACUGGACUUGCCCGAUGGCUCGGACUCGGAUGCCGAAAGCGAUAUCCGAAGGAAUCAAGACUUCGAAGAUGAAGACGAAUUGUUCGAUAAUCCUCCCGCCCCCUCUCGAGGUCCAAGUCGACAGGCCCUGCUCCAAUUCCGCUCACAGAGCUCUCUACGGGGCAAUUAUGCACCGUCUCGCUGCCGGAUGAACCGGGUGAUAAUCGCGGAAGCCAGUUCAUCAGACGAAGAGGAAUUUGACUUGAAACUAGACCACCAACAUCUCACCAAGCACACGAGAAGACGAGAAGAGAGCACGGAGUUGCUAGGCGAGCAAGAGCCGAAGUGGAAUGGGUCGCCGCGGAACGAGUGGAGAAGAUCGUCUGUGGGCUCGGCGGGCACCUUGGGCUCGUUCACGACGACGCCCUCGAGCAGUCAUUCGUCCUACCAGACCAACUUCUCGACGCCGAAUUCGACCCAAAUUCUGAGCUUCCCCGAGCCGCCGGUGACGAAGAUCAAGGGCUUGCUUGGGCUGGGCUUCGAGAUCGAGGUCCCUGGUAGUAGCGAACGGCCAUCUACAGCUACUGACCACCGUGCUCGUCUCGACUCCCGCGAAUAUCAGUUGCCCGGGAAACCCGGCUCCGCCGAACGGCGCGAAUGGCUCCAACGCGCAUUCUCCAACAAGCCCGACCAUGCUCUCAACCAUUCGCAGCAAGAACGGUCGAGCUCGAUGCCGAGUCCUUCGAAGCCCGACCCGGUGGACCCAUCUAUUAUCAAGGAGACCCACAGAGAGCGAUCGGAAGACCGAUCCAACGAGUCCGUCGAGGAGCUCUCCUCCUCGUCAUCUUUAGACCACCCAUCCGACCAAGCGAUCGUCGACAGUCGGGCCGAAGAGAAACGAUGCUCGCGGCGGCUCAAGCCGUUAAUGCUCGUGUCCAGGAAAGAGAGACACCAGUCGUAUCCGUUGAUCAACUCGACCAUCCUCGAGGAAGACGGAGUCUCCCCGCUCGCCUCCGCAAGAGCCUCCGUCCUUUCUGCCCGGCUUCCUUCCACCAUCCGGCCCGCUCGUAAUAGCUGCCUCAUCUCCCCCAUCUCUCCCAGUAACUCUCGUCCCACUCCGCGCGGAAGAACUAGUCUUGUUAAUAUCAGCUAUAAUCGCUCCUCGUCCGCCCAUCAUCCGCUCUACCUUCCGCGCUCUUCCGCCGUAUAA